UUUUUUUUUUUUCUUCUUUUUCCUUUUUUCUAGAAUGCAUAGAGCAAGUCAAGUACCCAAUAGGAAAAUAACCAAAGGGUUCAAUAGGACUAUCUCGAUCGAUGGCCAUGUGGUCAAUAGAAAAAGACCUGCGUCGACUGUUUCAGCUCGACAGUCCAAUAAACGACCUCAAGUACGAUUGACCACAGCCAUGAGUACAUUGACACUCUCUCAACAAAAUCUAGGUCCUCAACGUGUUGUUCAAGAUAGACCUUCGUAUACUACACGUCCUUCACGGCCAAGUUCGAUUGUAAGUGAUACCUAUUCAGAAACCCUUCGACGCUUUAAUGCAGGCGACACAUUUGAAUCUAAAAAGUACAUGCCAGACACACAAAGCAUCAAAGAUCCUGAAUUACAGAAACAAUACCUAAGAGAAAUUACAGAAUACCUAAAAGAAACAUCUUAUGAAGGACCGUUUAUUCGAAGCAUCAGCAUGUUGGGCAAUCGAGAAUUCCAAAUGAUCUUUAAACAUCUGUUCCUCCGUAUUGUGCCUCAUUACAGUUACAAAAGACGAUUUGAAGAAGAUGCUAUGGUUCUCAUUCGUCAGUUGGGUUAUCCUUUAGCAGACACGAUCAAUCGUAAAGAACUAUUGUCGAUUGGUGCUAUGCAUUCCAAUCCUACAUUUAUUGCUCUUUUGCAUUGGCUUGUGGUGGUCUGCAAGAUUAUGGACACACCUCGUCUGUCUGAUGACGAGGUGGAUGAAGAAAUAGACGAAGAAGCAGUGGCACAGUUGCUCCAUGCCUAUGCCAUUGCUGGUUAUCAUAAAUACAUGACAGGCGAUGAUGACAUGGCAUCACUUGAUCAAGAACUAGAGCAUAUUUUUGAAAGAGCCAAUCAGCCCAAUCUACACCAAAUAGAGAUAUAUACCAAAAGCAUUAGCGCAUUAGAACAAGAAUUAGCACAACUCGAAUCAGAUAAUGUAAGUGUCAGCGUCUUUGAGAUCGCUACUUAUUCUGUUAGGGAGAAUUGGAUACGCUGAAAGAAAGACACGGUGUGCUUGUUAAAGAUAUUGGUAAAUUCAAAGCUUACAUUGAAGAGAAAGUCAAAAAGGUGUCCAAAUACAAAAAUAUGGUGGAGAGAGCAGGUGAAGAAAAGAAACGACUGGAACAUCAACUGGAAAACCUGAAUCAAC